CGUUACCCGGCCCGCCCCGCCGCCCGACCCCUACUCACAGCAUGACCCGGGACACGGCGAUGCUGACGGGCACGCUGCGCUCCUUGAAGGCGGUGGUGAUGAAGCAGCCGAAGUGUUAGCUCUUCAACAGGCAACGGGAACACACAGAGGCAACUGGAUAUGCAGCUGGAUAUGCAGAUGAAAAUUAAAAUACACUUUGUCAGAUAUUACAAAAAAUUCAACCUGGGGAAGACACCUAAAGACUGAGAAGUUUUUCUGUUCAGUGAUUUAUCUACUGCAGUUAAAAGAAGCAUGAAAACAGUAUUGACCAGUUGUUCCCAAGAGUGCGUGGCUGAAGCCAUAUGAUCUUAUCAACACAUUUGAGAGCCCUACCCAAAACACCGAGAGAGAUUUUGGUGCAGCAAUGACUGUCAUAGAAGAAAGUCGCCCUUUUGCCCAGCAACUAUCAAAUGUCUAUUUUACUAUACUUUCACUUUUUUGUUUUAAACUCUUCGUGAAGAUCAGCCUUGCUAUACUUAGUCAUUUCUACAUUGUAAAAGGGAACCGUAAGGAAGCAGCAAGGAUAGCUGCUGAAUUUUACGGAGUUCCUCAAGGACAAGGUUCUUGGGCAGAUCGCUCACCUCUGCAUGAGGCAGCCAGUCAAGGACGUCUUCUUUCUCUAAAGACUUUAUUGUCACAGGGUUACAAUGUAGACACACUAACUAUUGACCAAGUAACUCCACUUCAUGAAGCCUGCCUGGGAGAUCAUGUAGGAUGUGCAAGGAUCCUUCUUGAAGCAGGAGCAAAUGUAAAUGCUACAACGAUUGAUGGAGUGACACCUCUAUUUAAUGCAUGCUCGAGAGGCAGCGCAGCGUGCGCUGAGCUCUUGUUAGAGUAUGGUGCCAAAGCUCAGUGGGAGUCCUGCCUUCCAUCACCAACUCAUGAAGCAGCCAGCAGAGGACACAGUGAAUGUCUGGAGGUACUGAUAUCCUGGGGUAUAGAUGUUGACCAAGACCUUCCUCAUUUAGGAACACCUCUAUAUGUAGCAUGUGUGUCACAGCAGAUUCAUUGUAUCCGAAAGCUACUUUAUGCAGGUGCCAAUGUGCAGAAAGGAAAGCAUAUGGAAACUCCACUGCACGCUGCUGCCCAGCAUUCAAGCACAGAGAUUGUAAACUUACUCCUUGAAUUUGGGGCGGACAUAAAUGCCAAAAACACAGAUUUUGAGAGGCCUGUUGAUUUAGCUGCUCCACGCAGUUUAGUAGAGAGGCUGCUGCUCCUCCACGAAGCCACACCAUCUUCCCUUUGUCAGCUCUGUCGACUACGUAUCCGAAAUUACUUAGGAAGAGCUAGACUGCAUCUCAUCCCACAACUCCAGUUGCCAACAAUACUGAAGAAUUUCUUACAGUAUAGAUAACAUAAUACUUAACCUUUAGAAAGCUGAGUGACAAGUCUUCUGUGUAUUGUAAAUUUUACCUAAAGAACUGCUGGGCGGAAAAAUAAAAGCCUUUUGCAUAUUACUUUAAAAAGACACAAAUCUUAGACACCUGGUGGUGUGUAAUCAUAAUUGGGAGCCAUUCAGCAACUGGUACCAAGGUGCUAACAAGGCUGAAUUGAAUAAGUGUGCAGAUGCUCUGGGAAAUGAUUGCGUAUGUUUAGCUUAACACUUACUAAUUAGCUUUAGUGCUGUUAGUUUUCUUUGUAUUUAUACUUUAAAAUCUAUUUGGCACGUGGGAACUGCAGCGUUUCUUCAUUUUUAUUUGUUAACGUUGUUCACUUGGAGUCAUUAUUUUAUGUGUUUUUAAAUGUAUGUUGUCUGUGUACCAAAAAAAUACUUGGUGGUAGGUGCACUACAAACAUUGAUUAAAAAAAAAUAAAAUAAUAAAUAAACAGAUA